AACCUCAGGGGAGGAUUUUGAAAUUAUCCCUUUUAGUGUACAACAAUCCGUCCACAUGAAAACCUCCGUAUAGCGUUUAUUUAUUCAAUCAAAUUAUCCCCGAGUAUCAGACAGCCUUGACGCCUCUGUGUGACAAAAAGAAGAAAUAAUGGAGGGCGAGAAUCCGCACGAUGCCACCGAAACCCAACCCAGCAGCGACCGCAUCAAGCUUAAUGUCGGAGGCAAGCUAUUCGAGACCACCACCUCCACUCUCCGCUCCGGUGGCCCUGACUCUCUUCUAUCGCUGUUGUCCAACCGGUCGCUCCACCACCACGACCCGUCUCAACCGGUCUUCAUAGAUCGCGACCCUGAGAUAUUCUCUGCCCUCCUUUCUCUCCUGCGCUCCAACCGCCUCCCUUCUACAGCUAAACGCUUCUCCAACCAAGAACUCAUCGACGAGGCUUCUUAUUACGGGAUUGAAUCCCAAUUAAAAUCCGCUCUCGCUCCGUCUCCUCUAACCGGCAUCGACGCCUCCCUUUUCACCACUAUCCGCCCCUCUUCUGACGCCACGGUUUCUGAUUUCAACGCCAUCGACUCCGACGGCUCCGUCUGGGUCGCCCACGGUGGUCAGAUUUCGGUCUACGAUUGGAAUUUAACCCACUCCGGGACCGUCAGGACCCAUCUUGAUUAUAUAAGUACAAUUCGGAGGAUCGGACCUGGAGUAGCCGCAGUGGGGUCGGAAACACUGGCGGGGCUUCAUGUCUACAACACAGCGAGCGGAUACCGGUCCUGCUGUGUCGACUGGGCGGACCCUACAGACCCUAGGAUCUAUAAGGCCCGAGUCAACGCGAUCGCUGACUCGGACAACUCGGUCUUUGCUUCCUUCGAUUGUCGGCACAAGGAGAAUUGCGUUCUGAUGAUUGACAAGAACAAGUGGACGACGUUAGAGGUCGCGAGGCAGUCGGGGAGCUCUUCCAAGUCCAUGGUUGCCGGAAAGCUGAAGUAUGUGCCAAAGGCCGGAGUACUUGUCGGAGUUUCGGUGACGUCCGGAGCGUUUGGUUAUUCGGGUUAUAUACGAUUGUGGGACCCGAGGUCCAAGGAGGUGGUUUGGGAGACAAACGAGCCUGGUUCAGGUAGGAGCAGCAGGUUUGGGGACUCGUUUGCUGACGUGGAUGUGGAUGUGGACGAGUUGACACUGGUCAAACUGGGUUCUAAAUCGGGGGAUUUGGCCGUGGCAGACCUCCGCAAAUUAAGCGAAGAUCCAUGGAUUUAUUUGGAAGAGAAGAACCCCAGGAUGAGGAUGAUGACUGGUGGGGCCAGCAACGUGGGCAAUUGUGUGAUUAACUGUUACAGGAAACAGCUGUUCGUGGGUAGGGAAGGUGAGCUAGAGGUGUGGUCCACGGUGGAGGGAGAUGGUGAUCAGAAUGUGGGUGGAGAGAGGAUUCUAUGUGAAGGGUCGUAUAGGAGGAACUAUGUGGAUAAAGUGGAGGAUUCUGAAAGAGGGGUUAUAAAGAAAAUUGAGGGUGGUGGGGAUAGGCUAUUUGUGAUUCGAGAAGGCGUGGAGGGAAUUGAGGCUUGGCAAAGUUCACGCUUUUCUGGUGUAGUUUCUUCCUCUUGAUUAAUGUAAUGCUUUGGCCUCUUUCACCCUGGCCCUUAUCCUUUCUUUGCGUUUUUAUUCAACCUGCAAAGGCAAAAAAUUAUUGGAGGGUUCUUCUCAAUCUUCUUCCAAGAAAUCCAGGCAAUCCAAAUUCUAGGUUUACACAACAAGAACUUCCUGCAUGCAAAGCAAUAUUAACUCCCGGUUGGUGGUUACAACUUUUAUACUAAUAGGGUUUAUGUUCAUACUAAAUGGUCUUGCCUCUUUGUCUGUAUCAGAGGGGGUAAAGCUUUAGAUGAUCCAUCUGCUAGUGUCUUUCAGAAAAGUAACCUUCUCAAUUGGUCUGAUAUGCUAUUGCUGAUAUAUGGGUGAUUGAAAUUGUAGACCGCCAUGGAGAAAACUGCAUUCAUUCAGAAUGACAAGACCAACAAGGCUGUGUCAGGAGCUUGACAGAAGAUAUGUCAAAAGCACAAGUGACAAACAGUUGUGAAGCCCCAAAAAAUGAGGAUUUAACGUCGCCCUGUGAACCUGAAGCGCUCAUUGAUAAUAAGCGCAUUGUGCCUUGGUGCCCUUGUUACUGGGAGUAUGUUCAAUGAUGCUCAUGAAUUCUCAGUUAAGGGCAUGAAUCUAUCUGUAAACGAGAAAGAUGUUGCAUAGGACAGUAAUAGGAACUAUAAUUUGGAUCAAAAGUUUAUCCUAUAAGCUUUUAGCAAGGAAGCUUGAUUGGAGGUGGAAAACCUGAUGAGAAAAUACCAGUUAACGCAGUCAUCCCUUCCUUUUGUCUUUUUUCUGUCCCUCUUUCAAAAUCUCUCCCUUUUACUUUUUCCUGUUUACCAAUUCAAGUAUUCAUUUAUUCUACUCUAUUAUUGGCUUGUAACAGUGAGAAGAUCUUCUAGUCUGGUGCGCACUGCAGCAUUUCCGAGCUUUUGAAAGUUGUAUGGGUGAAAUGAACAGUAUCUUGAGGCUAAUGAGAAGAUUACAGUAGUGAUACAGUAUAACGAUAAUGAUUAUGCUUCUGGAGGCAAAGAGAAGCUGGUUCUUUCGACUGUGACUCGGAUUGGUGGAAAAAACAGUUUCUUAGGCUUGGCAUGCAUCACUAUUGGUUGGAUUUGUGCUUAUUCAUUGCAACAAAUCUCAUAGUAAUGUACCUUAUCAAGUGGAGGUGCUGUCAUUAGUAGUUAUUUUACGAUUACUCAUUAGUAGUCAUCAAUCCUCUUUUUACUGUUUAGGAUUAGAUGGAUAUGGUUCUUCUAGUUAUGGUAGUGUGAAAUUUUUAAAUUUACUUUACACCCUCAAUGAGUAUAUAAUGCAAACAACCGAGACCAGACUCAUUGGAUGAAUUCUUUUUGGGUCACUGGAAAUUGAGCUUUUGUUUUAAGAUGAGAAACCAAAAUAUGAAACUAUUUGGCUAUAA